AGACCUUCGUUCGAUUCUUAACCCGAUAGGUUUUAUCGAUUUUUCCUUACUGCAGAUUGCGUCGGAAACGUCCGCAGCAUAAUCCCGUGGUGAGUUGGUAGUAGGUCCUGCUUAAAGGAUACACGUGUCGAUGUGAUGAAGCAACCGCGUGGAAUUGUAGCAUGUCUGCUGUUCGUGGCACUUCUACCUGCGCUAUCGCUUGGGGACAUACCGAAGCCACCAUCGUUCUCAGCUGGUGGCGGUAGCAAGAAGGAUAAACUAAAGACUGAAAAAUUACCACCAUGCAAGGCAUGCACGGUGUUUGUGAAUUCGUUCCGCGAUGGCAUGAGGCGAACAGAACGCGCCAAGCACGAGGGCGGUGAUGCAGCCUGGGAAGAGGAACGGCUGGGAAGCUACAAGACCAGCGAGCUAAGGCUCGUAGAAAUCCAAGAACGUUUGUGCCACGACGUCGUUCGCGGCGAAGACCAGUGCCAUCACCUGGCGGAAGAGUAUGAAUCACAGAUCGAGGAAUGGUGGAAAAACCAUCAAACUACCCAUCCGGAUUUGCAACAGUAUUUAUGCGUGGAGCAAGCUACCGUCUGCUGUCCGGACGGAUUCUAUGGUCCGUCUUGUGAGGCGUGUCCCAGUUGCUUCGGUAAUGGAAAAUGCAAAGGCAACGGCACACGAAAAGGCAACGGAAAGUGUGCCUGCGAAGAGGGGUACACUGGUGAUAACUGUGAUAGCUGUACGGACGAAUACUACCAAGCGUUCCGAGACGAAACAAAGCUACUGUGUAGCCAGUGCCACAAGGCAUGUGCCGUCGGGGGUUGCACCGGAGCGGGUCCGAAUGCCUGCCGGGUGUGUCGAAGUGGCUGGGUGAUGGACAGUGCCCGGGGUGGUUGCGUGGAUGUAGACGAAUGCAUUAAGGAGGCUCCUUGUAAUAAGCAACAGUUUUGCGUGAACAAUGAAGGAGCGUUCAGCUGUUUAGAAUGCGAUAAAUCUUGCGACGGUUGUAACGGCGACGGACCGGAUUUGUGUGAGAAAUGCGCCGACGGAUAUGACCUAAGGGAUGGCAUGUGCACAGAUACGUCCAACGAGAGGCGUAGCCAGUACGCCAACUUUACUCGCUACCUGACAUACCUGGGUCUGUGCAUCGCAACAUGCAUCGUGUUUCAGAAUUCGACUUGGUUGGCGGCACUAGUCGGUUUAGCCGUAGCGGUCUACAUUUCUGUUUCGGAGUACUGGCUCAACACUACGCCACAGCCACCGGCGGCACCUUCGCCACGAAUUUUAGAUGAGAUGCUUCAACAGCAUUAAAAAUAGAUCUCCCUCAGACAUCUUGAUAUCUUCCGCGAUGUAGGAUGUGGACCGGCAGGGACAACACCAGCGUCCAUCGUUUCAGUUUUACUUUUGACGUUGUUUGUCAAGCUUUUGAAUUGUGAGUUAUUUUUGGGGUCAUCCUAGGAUGACUGCGUUUGGUUUCUACUUCAACUACAUUGCUCAGAAUCACGUUGGUAUAAUGCCGUUCAAAGGACAUCAUAACAUGCUCAUUAUCUUCCAUAUGGUAACAUUUGUGCGCAGUUGUUCCAUAACACAAUUUUAGAAACUGUACGACAAGAAACUUUCAAUUUAAAACAAAUCAGGAAUGUCAUGUCACUUUAGCAACUCCAUCAACUGUGCCGGAUUUGUCAGAGGAUGUGUCGCAUGAUACUACCACCGAGUAUUCGCAAGCUGAUUCUACGAAAGAAAACCUCGCUGAAAGAGCAAAUGAACAGUCCGAUUCGAUACCAAAUGAAGAACUG